GAUUCAGACUCUUAUUUUGACACUCCACACAGGAAGUCAUAGUGUCACAUAGACACUUCCUAUCGGUGUCUCCGUCCCCCCCUCCCUCUCUCGCUCUCUCUCUCUCUCUCUCUGUCUCUGUGUCUCUCUCUCUCAGGUGAUGGACACUCAGAAGGAAGCUCUGCGCAGGAUCAUCAGCACGUUAGCCAAUAAGAACGAAGAGCUCCAAACCUUCCUGGAAACAGUUGACACCACGCUAACGGGACUGCAGGAGGAGUCAUGGAAGGUGACAUCAGAGCUGGAGGCGGAGCUUGAACGACUAAGCUCCGCCCUCGAGGAGAAGGGGGUGGAGCUUCGCGGCGCCAUCAAAGAGGAGAAGCAGAGGAAGGAGGCGGAGCUCCAGAAGCAGCUGUCGGAGGGAAAGUUCGCUCUGCUGUCGUGUGAAGAACUGCUCGAGUUCGCAAAUCAAACACUGAACAUCACCAACGAAGAAGAAUUCCUGAAGGCUGCAAAACAAAUCAAAGAAAGGGUAACCAUGGCGCCGGCGUUCCGGCUGACGACUCGUCCGGCGGUGUCGGAGAACAUGUCGCAGUUUACCGUCGACUUCAGCGUGGAGAGGGCGGGGCUUCAGCGACUUCACUUCCUGCCAGUUCCCAGAGCUCCAGAGAUCGACGCCUCCAGCUGUGUCGUCCGUGACAACGCUGUCACAGUUGCCUGGCAACCGUCCAGUGAGGUUAUUGUCGACGGUGACAGUGGCAGCGGCGGCGGCGGCGGCGGUGGCGGCGGCGGGCGAAUCGAACGCUACGAACUCGAAUACCGAAAAACAAACAAGGACAGCUCGCUGAGAGCUGCAGGAGAGGCAUGCUGGGAAAAAAUCCACGACAUCCGAGAGACACAGGUCACCGUCACAGGUCUGAAGUUUGAUUCUCGCUUCGUCGUCGUUCGUGUUCGAGCGAGAAACAAAGCCGCCGCCGGCGAGUUCUCUGAGCCUGUCGCCAUAGAAACCAUAGCGUAUAACUUUGGCUUCGAUGCGGCGACGGCUCACCCGGAGCUGAAGGUGCAGGGCGACACGGUGACCUGGGAGCCACAGGGGGUCAAAGGUCAUGACCCCCGACUGAAGGGCAAAGAGAAUAAAAGCAGCAGUAGAAGCGCCACACCGUCACCCAAUAAGACCGCAGGAAGUCGAGCAGGACGCGACCGAUUCGCUGGAGAGUCGUACACAGUGCUGGGCGACCAGGAAAUGAGUGGCGGCUGUCACUACUGGGAGCUCCGCCCCCUGGCUGACUGGAAGUCAUUCAGUGUGGGCGUGGCCUACCGGGCCAGCCUGGGCCGCUUCGACCAAUUAGGGAAGAACGCUGGCUCGUGGUGUCUCCACGCCAGCCAAUGGCUUCAGAGCUCGCUCGCUGCAAAGCACAACAACCGAGCCAAGGCGCUGGAUUGGCCGUUGCCUCAGCGAAUCGGAAUCUACUGUAACUAUGACAACGGUGAUUUGUCCUUCAUCGACGUGGAUCGUCUUCGUCUUCUUCACUCUUUCAAAACAAAGUUCAGCCAGACGCUCGUCCCCGCCUUCACUGUUUGGUGUGGCGGUAUCUCCGUGACAACCGGCCUGCAGGUGCCAAGCUUCAUGGGAAAGUUUCUCUCCACCAAUCGGAGCCUCAGUAACUUGUCGCAGUAGAUCGACCAAUCAGAGCCUCAGUAACUUGUCGCAGUAGAUCGACCAAUCAGAGCCUCAGUAACUUGUCGCAGUAGAUCGACCAAUCAGAGCUUCAGUAACUUGUCGCAGUAGAUCGACCAAUCAGAGCCUCAGUAACUUGUCGCAGUAGAUCGACCAAUCAGAGCCUCAGUAACUUGUCUAAUGAUCAGUUUCUAUUGAGUAUCAUUAAUUUAUGUUAAUAUAUUUAUUAAUUACACAUAGAACUUAUUGAUAACAAAACUAAUUUGAUCUGAAACAUUAUUGAUCGAUUGUGGAAAUUGAUUAUUCUUACCUGCUCUUAUUUUGAAAAAUUACUAAUGUUAUUUCUUAGCUUUGACUUUUAUUUUGAAGUUUACAAAGAACUUAAUUUGUGGGAAUGGCUUUUAUUUUGAAAUACCUCAUUACAAAUAGUGUUGUGCAUUCUUACUGGAUUUUAUUGUGAAGGUGUGGACAGAACUUCCUGUCAUGACUUUUAUUUUAAAGGUGCAAUACGUAUAAUUUUGUAAGAAUUUCAGUUUAAAACAUUCAGUGAUGAACUAAACCGAUCGACAGAAUGUGAAGAAAUAACAGUUUAGACAUUACUUUGUGUAUUUUAUUGCAGAGAUAUCUACUGAAGUUAGCAUGCUAACUGGCUAGCCCUGGCCCGUCCUGUCCCGUAAUACCACUUUGUACCCCGAGAGGUGACAGUGAGUCACUGUAGCGUCCAGUCUGCCUCAGUCCAACAUGACAGGAAGAAGAAGUAGCGCUUCCUCUUCUAGUUUAGGUUUGUUCAAGCUCAACGUUAGCUCAACAUUAGCACUGAAUUGAUGUUGCUACCAUACUUAGUCAAAGUCCUAGCUACCUAGUUUGCUAGCUAACAGAGCUCUGAUAAUGCACUGUUGAUACGGCGCUAACGUAGCGUAGCAUGUGGAGGAUGAACUCUUACAUAUUGCACCUUUAAAGAUAUAAAUGUGAAUCAGAAAAAAAAUAUUUAUGUUUUUGAGAAUCAGGAUGAAAUGUCUCAUCAGUUUUUAUAAAGACGAUAAUCUGUGACUGAAAAUAAAAGAAUUUAAACAUAAUUAUAUUUAUCAAUCUUGUAUUUAUGUCAUAUCA